AUGUCCAUUACAAGUCAGAAUGCAUUAAUUGGCACACCCCAUGUCAUAACGACCAUGCGUUUUCUUUACGAUGAAAGCUUUCGGGAGAUCAAAGGGGAUAUUGAUGCUCCAGCAAAUGAAGCACACGCCAUUGGUGAAGUAAGAAGAGAUCGUGCUGGGAGCGAGGGUUUCACGAAGCUUUUUGGCAUGUGCUUCUGA